GGGCCACUCUUAUGGCUUGAAGGCAGAUCCAAAUACGCUUCUCUUCAUGGAUUUCCCAAAUAUGUCCUUGUAUGAGGAUGGCUAUGAGAACAGAACCUUCAACGGGUCCGGCCCGGAGCAGAAGGCCCACCAGUACAACUACUAUGCCAUGCUCCUCACCCUGCUCAUCUUCGUCAUCGUUUUCGGCAACGUGCUCGUGUGCAUGGCUGUGUCGAGAGAGAAGGCGCUCCAGACAACCACCAACUACCUGAUAGUCAGCCUGGCUGUUGCGGACCUGCUGGUGGCCACGCUGGUGAUGCCCUGGGUGGUCUAUCUGGAGGUGGUUGGGGAGUGGCGAUUCAGCCGCAUCCACUGUGACAUCUUUGUCACCCUGGACGUCAUGAUGUGCACGGCCAGCAUCCUCAAUCUGUGCGCCAUCAGCAUUGACAGGUACACGGCCGUGGCGAUGCCAAUGCUUUACAAUACCCGCUACAGCUCCAAGCGCAGAGUCACCGUCAUGAUCACGGUGGUUUGGGUCCUGUCAUUUGCCAUUUCCUGCCCGUUGCUUUUUGGGCUGAACAACACAGAGAAGAAUGAGUGUAUCAUUGCCAAUCCUGCCUUUGUUGUGUAUUCCUCUAUCGUCUCCUUCUACGUCCCCUUCAUUGUCACCCUGCUGGUGUACGUACAGAUAUACAUAGUGCUACGGAAACGCAGGAAGCGCGUCAACACCAAGCGCGUCGCCACCCACGUGGGCCCGGACUCUGACACGCAGAUGCCACUGAAGGACAAAUGCACUCAUCCAGAAGAUGUGAGACUGUGCGCGCUCAUCGUGAAGUCCAAUGGGAGCUUCCCGGUGAAUAAACACAAAGUGGAAGCUGUGAACCAUAUAGAAGAGAUGGAAAUGGCGACCAGCACUAGCCCUCCAGAGAAAAGCAAACACAACAAACCACCCAUGCCUGGCAACAACGAGUUAGUCCUGCCAGCCACCUCCAAACAGUGUGCCAAUUCAGGCCUGCAGUCUCCCAUGGACAGCCCAUCGAAAGUGGAGAAGAACGGGCACACGACAAACCACUCCAAGGCAGCCAAGGUCUUUGAGAUCCAGUCUAUGCCCAAUGGCAAGACAAGGAGCUCCCUCAAGACCAUGAGCAGGAGGAAAUUUUCACAGCAGAAGGAGAAGAAAGCCACCCAGAUGUUGGCCAUUGUGCUUGGUGUCUUUAUCAUCUGUUGGCUCCCAUUCUUCAUCACCCACAUCUUGAACAUGCACUGUGACUGCAACAUCCCCCCAGCCAUGUAUAACGCCUUCACGUGGCUGGGCUACGUCAACAGUGCGGUGAACCCCAUCAUCUACACCACCUUCAAUAUUGAGUUCCGAAAGGCCUUCAUCAAGAUCCUCCACUGCUAACUCCCUUGGAUGGCCGGAUGUGGGAACA